AAUUGCAUAUGAUAUUUAAUUAAGCAUUAAAAACAAAUAGUGGCACGUUGUAGUCGGAUGAAUGAGUUAGCAGCCACCAUGUAGCCGCCCUGGCUUAAAGUCGCCGGCUCGUCUCCGCGGGGCUUUUUUGGCUCCAACGGCGGUUUAAAACAACAACAAAAAAAAAGGACACCGCUUGGACUGGUGGCGUGUGUGUAGGUGGGGGGCGGAAGAGGGGGUUAGAAUUAACGUUACCGCGACCGCCCCCUUGGCCAACGGAUCCUUGCAACGGUCGCAUUUGGCUGGGCUCCUUCGCCACAGUCAUGUGAUUGUAACGUAAAACCCCCUAACCGGAAAACAACCGACGACCCUCUCCGCCGCCGAGCGAGCAGCUUACAAAGCUGCUAGGAGCCCGGAGAGGACGGACGUGUCCCCGCCCGGUGACAAACAACCACAAAAAUCAAGCGGCGGUGGUGUCAAGGCGACGACAAUUUCGACGGACGAGCAGCGGAUACGGUUGAAGAAUGGAGUUGGCCAACCACGGUCUUAUCCUGCUGCAGCAGCUCAACGCUCAGAGAGAGUUUGGCUUCCUGUGCGACUGCACCGUGGCCAUCGGAGAUGUCUUCUUUAAAGCCCACAAGGCCGUGCUCGCCGCCUUCUCUAACUACUUCAGAAUGCUCUUUAUUCACCAGGACAGUGACUGCGUGCGUCUGAAGGCGACGGACAUCCAGCCUGACAUCUUCAGCUACCUGCUCAACCUGAUGUACACAGGCAAGCUGGCCCCGCAGCUCAUCGACCCCACGCGUCUGGAGCAAGGCGUCCGCUUCCUGCACGCCUACCCUCUGCUGCAGGAGGCCAGCCAGUCGGUGUACGCGCACCCGGAGCAGAGCAUCAACCUCUCCACCUCCCUCUACGGCAUCCAAAUCGCCGACCAGAAGGCGGCGCUGUCCGCUCGCUUGCCGCUUUCCUCGCCCAUUGACAUGGAGACGCUGGGCUCGGAGGCCCAGUACCCGUCCCUGGCGGCGGCGGCCAAGCCGGCCGCUUCCCCUCCGGAAGCGGAGGCGUCCACCAGCGGGGUUCAGCCCACCGAAGAGGAGGCAGCGUCGGAGUCCCCGAGCAUGGACGGGGGCGGCUCCGCCAACGCCAUCCUGCACGUGAAGCCCAGCAUCAUGAAGAGGAGCUCGUCCUUCCGGAAGCACUACUCCUGCCACCUGUGCCGGAGUCGCUUCAACCAGAGGAGCCUGCUGAGGGAGCACCUGCUGCAGCACGCCCAGGCGGCGGAGAACCACAACGCCCUCUCGCCCGUAACUGUCGCCGAGCAGAGCGCGGCAGAGGCCGAGGCGCUCCUGAAGGCGAGCCGAGUCGCCGCAGUGGAGAUCGUCAGCGACAGCGAGCAGACGCUCGCCUCCGGCAACAACUCGGACUCGCCCCGCGCCGAGGUAUCCACCUCCGGCUGGGGCGCGGGCAUCCCGAUCUCCCAGGCGGACACGCCGCCCCCCUCGGACAUCGCAGACAUCGACAACCUGGAGAACGGCGACCUGGACCGCGAGCUGAAGCGGCGGAAAUACGAGUGCUGCACGUGCGGCCGCAAGUUCAUCCAGAAGAGCCACUGGCGCGAGCACAUGUACAUCCACACAGGUAAGCCUUUCAAGUGCAGCGCCUGCGGCAAGAGCUUCUGCCGCGCCAACCAGGCCGCCCGCCACGUGUGCCUCAACCAGGGCGCCGACGCCUACACGCUGGUGGACCGCCAGAGCAUGGAGCUGUGCGCGGCCGGUGACGACAGCAGCCAAAUGGAGGCCAUGUUCCUGGCCACGUCCAAGCCGUACAAGUGUAACAUUUGCGCCACCACUUUCUCCAGCCCCAACGAGGUCAUCAAGCACCUGUGCUUCACGCAGGGCGGCCUGGCGGGGCUGCCUGGGGGCGCCGCCCUGAUGCUUCCGCACGACGAGCUCUCCAAAGAUGACGGCUCAGAUCUGUCCAACUCGGGCACGCCGCUCGAGGCCAUCAAGGCCGAGGACCCCCUGGUGGAGUAGACGCCAAAACUGCCAUUUUGUUUUUUUCCUAAAUUAUAACUCAUGACUAAGCUCAAAGGCCUCAGUCUGGGUUUUGUUUUUGUGUGGAAGAUCUUUGUGUGUGUGUGUGUGUGUGUGUGUGUGUGUGUGUUCCCCAUUUUCAUCGACUUGAAUAGAACGAGGGGAAAUAAGCGCCAUCCUAUCUUGUCUCUAUGGAAAGCCGUUUUUAGCAUUUUUAUUCAACAUUCUACUCGUGCAUUGAAAUGUUCAUCUACCAGUACUCUUUUUAUCCUUGUAAGAUAAUUCAGCGCCCAAGUUAGUCUUACUAGUGGUCAUUUUCCACUACAGUGUAUGCAUUACUGCACGCUUGAAGAACAAGUCCACAUUAGUAUGAGUAGCAGAAAUGUCUUACAAUAGACAGAGGCAGUAGCCGAAAAGAUUCUGCUAUUGCGUGGAAUUGUCUUACAAGUGACAAAGAGCAUUCGAGUACUUGGAACGAUGCAGUGCGCUAGUAGGACCCUGGAUAAAUGUUUAAACGACGCGUGCCACCUCACUCGAGCUGUGGCGGGGACGUUAGCGUUCAAACAGGAAGCGAGGGGCCCGACGUGCAGGUUAGGUGUGUAGUUGUGAGGCCAUACUUAGAAGCUCAUAAUGCUCUGCUGCAGGGAGACGCGUUAGAAUUGCAGCUGAAGUCCACAAAAGACACGCACCCGAGACAAUCUGUGAUUUUGACGUCUUCCAUUUUUAUUUUGUUUUGUUUGGUGAUCGGUAAAAUUGAGUGAAAAAUGUGCACCUUGUUCAUUUGUUAAUAUGGCAUCCACCCUGGGAAGCACACUUAUUUUCCUCGACCUUUAGAGUUUAAUCAAAGAGAAAGCAUUCGUGAAAACUUGAAUCUUCCCCUUUUAAAUAGUUCUAAUUUUAUACGCAGUGGUAUAAUUUACAAAAGAGACUAUUGUGAUGAAAAUGUAGCUUUCAGAGUAGAAAUAAUGGGACGAGACGGAUAGUUUUUAACUGUAGCCUCAAGUGAUGAACAUGUAAUAAUCGUAGUGACUGCCUGAUCAGAUAGGUGUCUUUCAUGGGUUCCAUCUCUAUAUAACGUAAGAAACUGGUGCAUUUCAUUGAAAAGCAUGUAUCGUGUUUUUUAUUUGAAUCCCCAACAAACAUUUUUCCACCGUUUCUUCUUUUAUUGAAAGCAGCUCGCACAAAGUAAUAUUUGCUAAAACCAAGUAACGUUUUUGUCAAAUUGUAUGAUUUUUUUUUUUUAAACCCCC